AUGGACGUCGACUUGGAAAGCGUGGAGAUUGUCUUUGCGCAAAAGCUGGCCUGCGGGGAGCCGCCGGUGCGCGCCAGAGCAUUGAGAGCCUUACAAAAUUGGAUCAAGGAACAAUCGACGCAGACGCCCUUCUCCAAGCCGGAUUUCAUGCGACUAUGCAAGGGACUUCACUAUGUGCUCUGGAUGCAGGACAAAAUGCUGUUACACGAAGAACUUGCCGACAAGAUUGCCAACUUGAUCGAAAACUUUGGCACCGAAGAGCAGCGCGUCCUGUAUUUUGAGAGCAUUUUGAGGAGCUUGGCAAAGGAAUGGCGAGCAAUCGAUAGAUGGCGUAUGGACAAAUUUUUGCUGUUGAUCCGUCGAUGUGUGCGGGUCGUUUUCCACUACUUGCAAAGCAAGGGCUGGAAGAAGAAGGUGGUCGACCAGUAUAUUGGAGCGCUUCAGAGAACCGUGAUCUCAACAGAUGAAACAAUCCCCGAGGGCCUGAAAUCACACAUGGUCUCUAUCUACCUCGACGAGCUUGAUUUGGCUGGCGGCGCAAGCAAAGAAACCGUGCACGAUUUGCUCCUGCCCUACGUCGCGCUCCUUGCCGAGAGGAAAUUGAGUAAAUAUCUCUUUUCGUCUAUCCUCAACGAGCUGUUCGACACGAUUCUGUUGCAUUAUACCAAGGAGCUGGAGGAGGCGAAAAUGGAGGAAGAUGAGGAAGCAGUGCCGCUAGGGAAAAUCGAGGCCUCCGUGCGCAUGGACGAGGCCUUGGAGGGGAAAGAGGGCAUUCAGUUCGAUUACGCAAAACUUGGAAAAGCCCUGUUUGAAGUCGGCAAAAGCCCAGAAUGCAUCUCAGAACGACGGAAGAAAUUGUACCAAUACGCCAAAAAGUACGAGUUGGCUGCCGCUGGAAAAGAGCCAUUGGCGGUUAAAGAAUUUGUGCCCGAGAUCGUACUUACUGAAGAGAUGUUCAACGAAGCCACCGAGAACAUUUUGAAGUCUGAAGAAGGGGCGAAGGCGAAGCGCAAAGAGUUUGCGAGAGCCAAAAAAAUCCGCCCAGAACAACAUGCCAUGACCGUGGCGCCGAUGAUUGUCCGCGACAACACGGAUGCGAAGGCGCGUAAGAAGCUGAAGAUGGCUCAGAAGGAGAAAAAGAAGGAUCGCAUCCGGCAAUUGACCGAAGCUGGGCAGGCGAAAACGAAGAAGGCAAAGCCAGCUGGUCGGCCCGGCAAGUCACCAAAGUCAAAGGCGAAGGGCAAGCGACCCAGGAAGGCCAAGGCC